AUGUUCAAAGAAGAUGACGAUGAGGAAGAUAACACUUUCGGUGUUACGCGGUACCCGUGCAUGCCGUCUCUGGUCGCGCUGCAGCAGAUGCGUAAUCGGCUGCAUCUCGCCAACCUCGGCAAGAAGCUUAUGAAGUGGACUGCAGUCGCAGCCAUGACUGAGCUGAGGAAUAUCGCGCUACAGAUCGAUAGUGUGUAUAAGAACUUCAGUGAAGAUAUGUGCGAGGCCUUCAUCAUGCUGGCAAGAUGUCGAUAUUUUAAUCCUAGUCUGAACCAAAUGGUGGUUGAAGGUUGUCCCAAUCAGGCUGAAAUAUGUGUGACGUCAUCAACAAGAACCGCAUCAGGAGUGAAAGUAAUAAAGUAUGAGAUAAUCGAAAAUAACACUCACCCAUAUGAGCAUCUUGGAAUAGGGAAGGGAGGUCAGAUGAUUUUAGAUACGAAAAAGACUUGGCUUGACUUAUUAAAACGUAUUAUAUUAAUGGUGGAGCUUCGUAAGAACUUUAAAUUGGUCGAAGAAAUGCAAAAAUCCGCCAACAAGAAAAUGAACGUUUUAGGAAAAGUGGUUGUACCAAAAUGUAAAGCUACGUGCACGUACAUUAUUGAUGCUCUGGAAGAACUGGCCAGAGACGAAUUUUAUCGACGAAAAAUGAUUUUAGAAGUUAAGGGAAAAGGAGAAAAAGACCCGAAAUGUUCGAGCGAAUGUUCGCUUAUUUGUGACGAAGAUGAAAAUAAACCGAUGCACCUCGCCAUGAAUGACCAUGUUACCCAGAUAUUACAAUUAGUGAAUAGUAUAGACGACAAAAAGUUUUCCGAGUCGGAUAUCAAAGAUUUUUUAGGCUUAGGCGAAGAGCUUAAGAGCAAAUUGUAUGAUAGUAUAAAACCAACAUCAAACUUUGUUGAAACCGAUGACAAAGACAAUGCCAAGACAGAUAUACCCGCAGAACAUAAAGUACAACUUGAUACACAAUUAAAUUUGCCUCUUGAUGAAAAGGAAAAUAUGGAUCCAGUUGAAGUAGAAAUUAAAGAAAUUACCAAAAUAGUGAGAAUCAGAAAUAAAGAUGGCACUUACAGAGAAGUAAAGAAAACCAUAAAAAUACAAAAGGAAACUAAAAUAAUUGAGAAUACAAGUAAUUUAAGUGUCUCAAACAAUAAGGUGUUAUAUGAACCGUCUACGUCUUCUUCUAAAUCUACACCUUCGCGUGAAACAAGAAUACAAAUGAUUAAUCUUAAAAAUUGCAACAUUCCCACGCAGCAAACAAAAGAACGGGAAUCAGAUAAAAAAUUAAAUACUGUACUUUGUGACAAUUUAGUAUUGGAGAAAGAUUUAUCAGAAUCUAGCUUGGAUAUAGAUAUGGAAUAUUUGAAAUCUAAAUAUUUUUGUACAAAUUGCCCAAUUUGUAAAGAAUUAUCAAGUGAAAUAUUUAAAGUUCAAGACAUUGAAGAACUCUACGAAAAAUAUCAAUUAGAUGAAAAAAAUCUGUUCGAAACAGAAGAAAUGAAAGCUGGUAAUAUUUUAAUAUGUAACAACGGACAUGAAAAUGACGAAGGCAAUGUAUUAAAUGAACAUGAUUCAACAAGAUUCAGUGUUCUAGAAAAUUAUACUAAGUUAGCUCAAUAUUUUUCAAGCAUUUUCCACAAAACUAAAAACUGUUAUAAGCAAUGCAACAAGUCUCCUGUACUAUUGCCUAUAACCACAUAUUUCUCAUCAGGCACUACAGAUUUGUCCGGAAAUGAACGAAAUAAACAAAUAUUAACGACGUUAUUACAAAAAAUUGACCAAACUAAAGACGUGGCUAAGGCGUUUAAAAAACAUUCUAUAUCUAGUGAUAUCGAAAAAUUUAUUAACGCCUGUGUAACAUUGAGUGAAAAUCUAAAAAAGAUUACCGAACAAAGUGAAGAAGGUCGAACAUGUCUUUGCGAAGGAAAAUGUGAAACAUGUGGUUGCGUUCAUAAUGAUGAAGAAAACAACGAAGAUGUUAAUGAUGAAGUAGAAGAAAAUAAUACUAUAAAAUACGAAAUUGAAAAAAACAUUAAGAGCGAAUCGAAAAUUGUUAACAUGGCGACAGAGAGUUCUGCAGGAUACUUCGAAAGGAAAGUUAAAACGUCAAAAAUUAAACGAUUUACCAACAGGGAUGGCACCGUGCGGGAGGAAAUAGAAACUACUAUAGUUACAGAGAAAAUACACGAUCCCGUUGGAGAUAUUGUUGAUAUAGAUCGAGAUGACGACAUGGAUCUAGAAGAAGAAGAAAUGUUUUGGAGGUUGAAUGUUCUUUCGAAAUCGGUUAUGCCACGUGCUUCGCUGAGCAUACGUUAUAUUUUAUUUGAAUUAGAAGAAAUGGAGAGGGAAGAUAAUUUUAGAUUGAAACGUUUUAAGGAGUUAAAGAUUAAAAAGCAAAGUAAAGAAGCGGCUGAUAAAGAAGAAAUGAAAACAGAUGUUAAAGAAAACCUUCCUCCCGAACAGCUCACACUAUUAGAAGUUGAAUUUGAUGAUAAAAAAGAAGACCCUUACGGUUUUAAUGAAUUAGAAAAAGUGAAAGAAAAACAUAUUCCAAAGAAAAUGGAAAAGAUAGAAGAAAGUAUGGAAAAGGAACCUAAUAUAAACUUGAAUGAUGUACAAGAAACUGAAACAAAUGAGUUAAAGAACCAAGGUGAAUAUACAACAAACAAAGAUGAGGAAAAAGUUGGAAAUGCAUCAUACUUUGAUGAACCGUGGAAUAAAAUAAUGGAUGAAAACUUUUGUAAAUGCUCUCCUUUAUUUAUGUCAACACAAGAGGUAUGUCAAGCUGAAAUACCUAAUCAAAGCUUCAAUCUAGAAUCAGAUAAAAAAUUACAGGGUAUUAAGUUGCAGAAAGAGGAUGAAUUAAAAAUUUCAAAAGACAUUCCGCCUUGCAGUAAAAACGUUGCUGCUUGUUCUCAAAAUAUACGCAAAUACUCUACAGAAUUUAGUAAACUUUCUGUCCAUGAUAGCACCUUCAGUGUUAAUUCUAAAGUUGAAGAUAAACUUGGUAGUUUCGAAAGUAAGUACAAAGAAAUCAUAAAAGUAUCACGACUACCAAACGAAGAUGGUACUGUUCGACAGAAACGAAAAAUAGUUACAGUUAGGACAGAUAAGAGAAACCCUAUGAAAACUAAAUCGGUUAAUAUUCAAAAUAAUGUAGACAAUGGCGAAAAUUUAGUGUGUACCUGUUCCGAUUCAAGUAGUCAAAGUGGAAAAAGUGAAAGUAGUGAGGCUGAUGACGCAAAUAAUCAAAAUGAAAAUGAUAAAAGACCAGAUUUAUUUUAUCCACCAACAGAUACUAGAUCUGAGCCUGUUUGUAGUAAGUGUCUGUCGGAUAAAUCUAAUUUACGGUCUUGUAUAUCUGCUGGGAGUAUGAAAAAUACAAAAAAGAUGAACACUAUAACAUGCAGCUACCCUAGCGACCGCAGAGUGAAUAUAACCAUUAGUGAUAAAGGUUUUGAACAACUUGAUAGUACUAAAGAGUCACGAUUACCUUUAGUCUCGUCUAUCAAUGUCAACUUUUGUGAUUUGCCUAAGAAUAUCUUGUUGGACUUACGAGAUUGUCAAGAUGUAUGUAACGAAACAAAUCAGCAAACCAAAUAUGCGAUUGAUGAAGAUUUAUCUAAAAUAACACAACCAAAGAAAUCUGCAAGUACUUGUAUGUGUGACCUUGAAAAUGACGAUUUAGAAACCGCUGAGAAAUGUUCUGAGUGCUUUAACAAAGUAGGUGUUGAAGUUGAGGCGAUGUUUAAGAAUGCUUCUACUGGCAUGACGAGCACAGCUUAUAUAUUUAAUAAUGUUAUAGUG